CGACGUCGGUCGCGACGUCUCCUUGUGUAACCUGUCAGCAAACAGACCCAGGGGGCAACUUAUGUUUAUUUCUGCCGCCUUUGCUAUGACUUAAACUGUGGAAAUCGGUAGAACUCGCCCAGCAUCUUAUGAAAAUGACCUUAAUUUCCUCACAUACUGAUAGAUGUAUGGUAAACCCCACUGACUAACAAAUGUUUCGGGAGGUGCUACGUUCAUGUUGAGGUAAUCCGGCCUCGUUACACUGGGACCAUCAAAAUAAUCAUGAGCAAGACACACCAUCAAGCCAAAAGUGCCGGACAUCCUGGAAGUGUGAGCAACACACUAAACAGUGCUUUUCAAACAUGUAGUGAUACUAGUGAUGCUGUGGAAUUAUUUAUUCCUCAACAGCUUUACCUCAAGCCUGUUGCCAAACUAAAUGUUUCUGUACAACUUCCGCAGUUGAAACUUCCUGGUAAAACAAUAUCUAACUGGGAAGUGAUGGAAAAAUUAAAAACCAGUAAACCUGUUCAAUUUACUGUUUUGAAAGUUUCCAAAAGCACCCUAGAAUUUAUCCGAUUUGAAGGAGAAAUUGAGAACAAGUCAAACAUAGGUGAAGUUGUAUCUCGCCUCGAUGGCAGAACAAUCAAGCUAUCCGGGUUUUCUGACCUAUUGAAGGUCCGAGCUGCAGAAGCCAAAACAGCAUUUCCAUCACGGCAUACUUGGGACUCAUAUUUUCGAGACGCUAAAAAUAUGAAUGAAAUGAAGCCAGGAGAGAGGCCAGAUACAAUCCAUCUCUCCAACUUACCUAGUCGUUGGUUCUCAUCAAGACAAGAAAAUGGAAGGGGAAGUGACAAACCAAGUGAAUAUGUUUUUCGGAAGGUUUUUGAGCAGUUUGGUGAAAUAAGAUAUGUAGAUAUUCCCAUGCUAGACCCUUACAGAAGUCAGAUGAAAGCUCACAUUUCUGGUAUGAAGACAUUUUCAUUUGGCCAAGAGCUAGCGUUUGAAGGUUACGUUCAGUACCAAGAAUAUGUUUGCUUUGUGAAAGCUAUGGAUGCUUUGCGUGGCAUGAAACUUCUUCACAAAGAGGGAGACAAGGCUUUCACUGCUAGUAUCAAGAUUGACUUUGAUCGUACCAAACAUCUGAGUGAUACUUCGAUUCGGAAGAGAAAAUUAGAAAGAGAAAGGCUGAUGACUAAAGAAAGAGAGCAAGAAGAACAAGAAAGACGAGCUAAAGAGGAAGCUGAAAAGGAGGCAGAAAAUUUAAGAAAACAAGCUGAAGAAGAAGAACAAUUAAAGGCUCAAGUUGCUGAAGAACGGAGACAGCGCAAGGCAGAACGACAUCAGGCCCGGCAGCUGAGAAGGCUGAAAAGAGAAGAAGCUCAGCGCAUGAAUUAUAAAAUAGCUGUGGAGGAACGUAAGCUAUUAAUUGCCCAAAGGAAACUAGAAAGUAUACGCCUUUUAGACGAAUUGUUUGAGCGAGUUAAGGUGUUGCGAUUAGAAGAGUUAAAGAAAGAGAAUGUCGAGCACAAGAAGGAAAGUAAGGAGGAGAAAGAUGAAAAAGAGGAUAUGGAGAAGAAAGAAAGAGAAUUAAGAUCUAAAUUGAUGAAGAAAUACAAAAGCAUGCAAGAACUUCAAUUGAAAGGUCAAGAAGAAAAACUGCGUCAGACUGUUGAGGGGAGAAGCAAAGUACGGAGUGUUUUGACAUCAUCAAAACUGAUGAAAGAUGAUGCCGAUUCUGAUGACUCAACGACCUCAAGCUCAUCCAGCAGUGAUUCUGUAACUUCAUUUAAGGAAACAGAAAAGAAUGCGACUCAUAAAAAGGAAAUUGACAAAAAGAAGUUACCAGGUGACAAGAAAGAUGAUGACAGAAAGAGCUCAGAUGAACCUGGGUCUUGGUUUAAUUCAGUGAAUGCUCAGUCAGCAGCGGGAAUGUUUCCAAUGGACUUUCAUGGUGGUCUGCUGGGAUUCAACCCUUCCUUUGCGGGAAGAUUUCCGUACCCACAAGGCGAAAUGUACGGGGGAGGGGGAGGGGGAAGGGGUCGCUGGCCGCGGUGGCCUCGUGCUCCUCGUGGCCGCGGUGGUUACAUGAUGCAGAACUACUACUAUGGCAUGUCCGACGACUACUACAAGUACUUCAGCAAACUCGCUGGUCAGACAGGAUCUAGUCGUUCCCGAAGCCGCAGUCGAUCACGGAGCCAUUCGGGUAGUCGCUCAAGGACACGUCGUCGAAGGUCACGAAGUAAUUCGAGAUUGAGGAGAAGUAGGAGUAGAACCAGGCGUUCUAAGUCGAGGAGAAGGUCAAGAUCGCGAAAUCGAUCUAAAAGAUCGCGGUCUAGCUCCAGAUCAAAGUCUACAGUUACUUUGAAAUCUAGGGGCAGAAGUAGGUCAAGAUCUCCCUCCAAGUCCUCCAGACAAGGUGCCUUAAGAAAUUCGGUAGUGGCCAAUGAAACUAAUAAAUCUCGAUCAAGAUCACGUCAAAGAAGUCCUCAAUUAGUGUCUAAGGAGUUGUCUGUGUCGCGAACCCUGAAACGCAGCGCCACUGAAGCGUCUGUACAGACGGCAGCUAAGAGUUCAUCAGCAGUUUUACUUGAGCAAAAACAUAAUUCUGAGAAUGGUAGUUCUUUACCAAAGGCCAAAGAAGAUUCCACAUUGAAAGGCAAAGAUUCAGAUCUUGAUUCUAAUAAAAAGAAAAAGAAGAAGAAGCAUAAGCAUAAAAAGGAUAAAUGAGAUUGUCCUAAUUUUAUUUGUAGUUGUAUAUGUGUCAAAAGUUUUAUCAAUUUUGAACUGAAAGGUUUAUUUUCCUCUCCAACGAUAGAUGGGGUUUAACUGAAGACUGGGAAUCUCAGUAAUCUGAAGCUGGUUUCCUUCUACUGUGAUAUUAAGCAAAAGGUCUAUGAUUGAAUAUUGGAUUGUCUCAUUGUGUGUUCUUCAUUUAUGAGAAAGAUGAUAUGUGCUCACAAUGUAGGUGAUAUAAAUAAAAACUGGUCUAGAUCUUA